GAAUAUACCCAAAUAAUUCAGGAUCUUUAGAAUACUAAAUUCUAGCAGAAACUUCACAGUUUACUCUAAAGAAUCCAUUAAACUUGGAUGGAAUUUGUAUUUCAAUAGAAAUGCUUUUUUAAAAGUAGAUCAUUUGACUCCCCAUUCUCUUUUUUCCAACUACGUAUAAACAGAGUAAACACAAAUAAAUAAGUAGGCUUUUUUGUUUGUUUUUUGGGUAAAUAAUCGAAAUUCUUAAUCUGUCAGAAUGAAUUCAUGUGAUAUUUUCAGUAAGGGGUAGAAGUUAGAUGAGAGGAAGUGUAACUUUCAUUUGAGGUUCAUUGAAAAGUGGAAAUGAGGAACUAGGGAUAAAACUGGAUAACGUGUUUUAGAGCUGAUGCUAAAUUCUGAUCUUUGUUUCUUAAUAGAUUUGUAUCAUUAAUACUUAAAUUUGUAUGGAAGCAUGCAGUCUCAUUCAGAGUGUAAAUUAGUUCAUCUUUUUGAGGGGAUAGUUUGGUAACAUAACAGUGUAAAUACAUUUACCUAUCAAGAAAUUUAUCACAGUUUUAUUUAGGCAUGGGCAGAGUAUGUGUGCUCUUUCACUGGGCGUUAUCAUUUGCAGUAUUAUAAAACGUUAGAAAGAGAACUAAUAUCCAUCAAUAGAAACUAAUUAAAUAUAGUACAGUUCAUCAGUGAAAUUUUGAGCAGCUGUCAAAUUCAAAGAGGUAGAUUUAUAUGUGCUAAUUAUCAUGUAUUAAAUUUUAAAAAUCGGAGUGCAGAAAUGUAUGCAUAUAAAAAAUAAUCUAGGACUAAAAUGUGCUUCAUAUAUGUAGUUUUAGAAGGAUACAGUUAACUAGCUGUGCUUUUUAGAAGUUGGUGAAAGUAAGUGUUGUAUGUGAAUGUUUUCCAUAUAUGUAUGUUACUUCAUAGAUAAAAAACAUAGUUAAAAAUAAAAGCAAGUAAACUGUGGUGGUAAUGAAAAGAAUAUUCUUGUGCUGCCUUCUUAGACAUACAUCUAAAACCCUCAGUCAUAUAAUGGAAUGGUUCAUUUAAAAGAAAUGAAAGGUUAAAUCAUGAUGAUGAUGUUAUUAAUACUGUAUUUACUUUAAGAAAUUUGACCAGAUUUUAUUAAUCUUUUAAUUUAAAUUCUAUUUAACUCAAAUAGCUGUAUCUCACUUAUGUUUGUUUUAGUCUAUUUCACACUUGGGUUUUGUACCUCUGCUAAAAUAUAUAACAGAGUAGAAAAAGAAAAAUAGAGAUAUUAUAAAGUAAUGACUACAUUUCAUACAUUUUUGAGAGGGGAAGUUUUGAUACUGUUUUUCUAGUAGUUUGUUUUUGUGUAAGUAGGUGAAAUAAUUAUCCUACCACCAAUUAUCUGUCCUUGUUUUGUUUGAAAGCAUGGAUUUUGAAAACUCUUGCCCUUCCCUAAAUAGAAGAAAAUAUUUGAUGGUAACAAAACUCCUUUACAAGGAAUUUUUAUUUAAAAAGUCUUAUGUGAGAAAACAAGUACCAAGAAAAUCUUAAAUCAUACAAAAUAGUGUUGCUUGCAUGUAACACACUUGUGUGUGUCUGUGUCUGUAUAUUUGAUUUUCUUGUUCCUUGUUCAAAGAAGCAAGUGCUAGUGCUGGUCCUAAAUAAAAUUGUAAGUUUAGGAGAUCCCUUCAUCUAAUCUUGGUAUUUAUUGACCUUCUUCUGUCCUUUUUGGUGAGAGAGGCUUUUCUUUUUCUGGUCACUUGGACAUUUUAAUCAUUUUCUUUAGUUAUUUAUCAUGUUGGUAUAUAUUUGCCUAACUCUUAGUAUGUCCACUGCUAUUUAUACUUUAAUGCUUUUGUCAUUGGCAAAAAUGAAAGACCUUGUGCUGUUGAAAUAGGAAAACAGUUUUUCUGCCUACAAAAUUAGGUUGAACUAGAAGGAAGGUGAUUCACUUCUAUAAUGUAGAGUCUUAAGAUAGAUGUAUAUGAAUCUCCUUUCACACCGUUUUGCACAGAUUAUCCUGUGGUAUGGCAUAGGCUAUCAUAUUAACAAAAAGGACCAGAAAAUAAAAUGAUGAGAAAAAUAAUUAUUUUGCUAUAGUAACAAAGAAUUACAGAAAUUCUGAUACAGUUUAUAUUAAAUAUUUUUAAGAUCUUAUUUCAGUAACCUAAAGAUAGUAGUCACAGACCAAAUUUUUUUUGUCAUCAGAUAUUAUUCCUAGUGGUAGCCAUAAAUUAAAAGAGAUUGUAUUACAGGGUAUCAAACAAUUCCUUUAUUCAUGCAUUUGUUAUUUCAUCAACAAAUACUUAAGUGUCUGCCUUAUUGCAGAGACUGGGGGCCCUGGGUAUACAUUGAUGAACAAAGUGUUAACUGCUUUCAUCAGACUUCUGAUCUGUAAGGGACAGAGAUGAUAAAUAUACAUAAUUCUGAAGGAGAAAGCAUAUCACAUAUUUAUUACUAAAAACUUAACAGUAAAUGUCAGAAAACAUAAGCACUCCAUAAUCCUAGAACAGAAGGGAAGGAAAGAGUGAAUGGUUUGGUUGACUUGAGCCUUAGGGGGAGCUGAUACCUUGUCUAAGUUGGAAAGCCUGUCCUUGGCUUCAACAUAAAGAUUCUUUGAACUCAAAUCUAUCUUGGCUUGCUUAUGUUGGAGGAAAGUUUGAGAAAAAGAAACCUUGCUGGUAACUUCUCUUAAUCUGAGGUUGAAGCAGUUUAUUUCAAGCAUGGGAAGAAUUGACCUGUUAGGAAAUAGAAGCCAGUUUGCUAGUUCCUCUUAAACUAGUUCUUAACAAUGGAAAUUAUUUUGUUUGAGGAGCCUCCAAAUGCCAGGCAUACCCAUACAUAAAUGUAAGCACUAUAUAUGAACUGAGAAAACAUUAUUUUAAAUAAUCAUUUGUUUUUCAUUAAUUUCACACAGUGUUUGGAGUCAGACUGUUCUUGUUUUGAAUCCCAAUUCUGCUGUAUAACUGUACACUCUCUGAGACAUGAUUUCUUCAUUUGUGAAAUGAGGAUAAUAUCACUUGGAGGAAAUAGAGUAGAUGAUACAGAGGAUGUACUCUGGAGCAACUACCUGGGUUCAAAUUGUAGCUCCUCAAUUUAGUUAGUUUAGUUGGGAAUAAGUUAGGCAAGUUUCUUAACCUCUCUUUGCCUCAGUUUCCACAUAUGUAGAAUGGAGUUAAUAGUGCCUACCUUUGUUAGGAUUAUUGUGAGAAUUAUAUGAGUUAAUAUAUACAAUGCAUUUAAAAUGGCAUAUAGUAAGCACAGUGUAAUUAUUGUUAUUACUUUAAGUUGUUAUCACUUAGCAGGGUUAUUGUGAGGGUUAAAUAACAUGUUUAUUAAAAAAACAACUGUAUUGCUGAACACAGUAAAGGUAAAAUGUCAGAAACUGAGUAAUACAUACUUUCUCUCUUUGAAUCUUCAUAUAAACCUAAGAGAAAUUGUAUGUCUUGCUGACUAUACCUACAACAGUUUCUGAUAUACAAUAGAUAUUUCAUGUUGGAUGAAUGUUACCCAUUUUACAGAUUGAUAAACGGAGGCCCAAGAGAACUACAAAAUCUCCACUAAAACAUGACAUCAUUUUGAAGAGACAUUACUUGCAAUAUCAUUCAUACCAUCACUCUUCUCAACUUAGAUAGAUUUGGCUGUAUGUGUUAAUAACUCCCUCGUCUAAUUUUUUCCUUACUUUUUCCUUUCUUUUUAACAAUUCAUUUUAUUUAGGAGAAUUUGGAUUGAAGACUGUUCAAUUUAAAAUUAUAGAUUGUUAAUCUGCACAUUGAAGGAUCUCAUCAAGUUCAGUUUGUAUGGCAGUUUGACAAGUGUAGGGUUUUUUUUUUUCAAUGCCACAGAACAUAAAGCAUUGUUCCUUUCUCAUUGUAUUUUCCAUAUUCCAGAUUACAUAAGGAAGAAAUUGACAAAAUAACAAAUUAUACUAAACUGAGGAUAUCAUAUGAAUUGGCUAUCAUAUGGAUACAUAUGAAUUGGCUCUACUGUCAGUCACCACUUUAUUUGCUAUUAAUUAGUGAUCCAGAUACAGUGUUUCUGAAUUCAUUUAUCUGAAAUAUUUUAGUCACUUUUAUUUAUGAGUAGGGGCGGGGUAGGGAAAAGCCAUUUCUUUGGUUAGUUGAUAAAGUUAUAGGCAUUCCUAGAAAAUGAAUUUAACCAUAGUGUGUUACGUCUUGCUUCAGCAAUCGUAAAUCAAUUAAAUAUUAAUCUUAUUCUCUUAGGUAUCACAGAUUAGUUUACCGAAAACCAGGUUACCAUAAAGAACUACAUUAGGAUAAUUAUUUUUGACACCCUCAAGUUAACACCUGUAAUGUAUAUGUAUAUAAUGAAUUUUGCCCAAUGUAACAAAUGCCUAAUUUGUAUUACCUUGCCUUCUCCUUUUCUUAAUAGUCAUUACUUACCAGAAGGCUUUAGUAAGGAUAAAUUGCUAUGUAAUUUCACUUCAGCCUUUUUUAUUCAAGCAGGAAGCCGGAUGUGUUUAAAUAGCUUUUCUAAAAGAGGUAAUUAAUUCUUUUUUGAAUUUUUAGGAUUUUAAAAUUUGAAAUGGUGAAAUAAGAGACUGUCUGUUUUGUCUGCUGAACUUACAUGACGGAAGUUUGCUUUAGAAUAGAGCUUCUGUAUCUUUAAAAAAUACACAGUGAGUCACCCCCUGCUCUUUUGGUAGAUGCCUGGCUAGUGAACAGCUAAGCUGCUUUAGGCAUGUAAUAGAACAUUCCAUUUCCUGUUCCCUUGCUGACACAGAGGAGUGUUCCUGCUGGCAAUGAUCUAAUCAUAGUGCAGUAAGAAACAUGGCAGUUUGAUAAAACAUGGUGGAGACAGCGGCUGAAAUGGAAGCAUAUGUUCUAGAAGACAUUCUUGAGGUGGAAUCUUUCAUUUUGGAUCAGGAUGAUUUGGAAAAUCCAAUGCUGGAAACCGCUUCCAAGUUGCUCUUGUCAGGUACUGCUGAUGGUGCAGACCUCAGGACAGUAGAUCCAGAAACACAAGCUAGACUGGAAGCUUUACUAGAAGCAGCAGGAAUAGGCAAAUUAUCUACGGCUGAUGGUAAAGCCUUUGCAGAUCCUGAAGUGCUUCGGAGGUUGACAUCAUCUGUUAGUUGUGCGUUGGAUGAAGCUGCUGCUGCACUUACCCGUAUGAGAGCUGAAAGCACAGCAAAUGCAGGGCAGUCGGACAACCGCAGUUUGGCAGAAGCCUGUUCAGAAGGAGAUGUAAAUGCUGUGCGGAAGUUGCUCAUUGAAGGGCGAAGUGUAAAUGAACACACCGAGGAAGGGGAGAGCCUCCUUUGUUUGGCUUGUUCUGCUGGAUACUAUGAGCUUGCACAGGUUUUGUUGGCAAUGCAUGCAAAUGUGGAAGAUAGGGGAAUCAAAGGUGACAUUACACCUUUAAUGGCUGCUGCUAAUGGAGGACAUGUCAAAAUUGUGAAGUUGCUGCUAGCUCAUAAAGCCGAUGUCAAUGCACAGUCUUCAACAGGCAACACAGCACUUACAUAUGCUUGUGCUGGAGGCUAUGUAGAUGUUGUAAAGGUGCUCUUGGAAUCCGGUGCUAGUAUUGAGGACCAUAAUGAAAAUGGUCAUACUCCUCUUAUGGAAGCUGGAAGUGCUGGACAUGUGGAAGUAGCCAGAUUGCUGCUAGAAAAUGGGGCUGGCAUUAAUACGCAUUCCAAUGAAUUUAAAGAGAGUGCCCUUACCUUAGCUUGUUACAAAGGACAUCUAGAGAUGGUGCGAUUUCUUUUGGAAGCAGGCGCAGAUCAAGAGCAUAAAACAGAUGAAAUGCACACUGCUCUAAUGGAGGCUUGCAUGGAUGGCCACGUUGAAGUAGCUAGAUUACUUCUUGACAGUGGUGCCCAAGUAAACAUGCCUGCUGAUUCAUUUGAGUCACCAUUGACUUUGGCUGCAUGUGGUGGGCAUGUGGAACUUGCGGCUUUACUUAUUGAAAGAGGAGCUAGCCUGGAAGAGGUCAAUGAUGAAGGUUAUACACCACUGAUGGAAGCAGCUCGUGAAGGACAUGAAGAAAUGGUGGCAUUACUUCUAGGCCAAGGAGCAAAUAUCAAUGCACAGACAGAAGAAACUCAAGAAACUGCCUUGACUCUGGCUUGCUGUGGAGGCUUUCUGGAAGUGGCAGACUUUCUAAUUAAGGCAGGAGCUGAUAUAGAACUAGGGUGUUCUACCCCUUUAAUGGAAGCUGCUCAAGAGGGUCAUUUGGAGUUAGUUAAAUACUUAUUAGCUGCAGGAGCUAAUGUUCAUGCAACAACAGCAACUGGGGAUACAGCACUAACGUACGCCUGUGAAAAUGGUCAUACUGACGUAGCUGAUGUCUUACUUCAGGCAGGAGCAGAUCUGGAGCAUGAAUCUGAAGGUGGAAGAACUCCUUUAAUGAAAGCUGCAAGAGCUGGUCAUGUUUGUACUGUUCAGUUCUUGAUUAGUAAAGGAGCAAAUGUGAAUAGAACCACAGCUAAUAAUGACCAUACUGUACUGUCCCUGGCUUGUGCAGGGGGUCAUCUGGCAGUGGUGGAGCUACUUUUGGCUCAUGGGGCAGAUCCUACUCAUCGUUUAAAAGAUGGCUCAACUAUGUUAAUAGAAGCAGCAAAAGGUGGCCAUACAAGUGUUGUUUGCUAUCUUUUGGACUAUCCUAAUAACUUGCUUUCAGCCCCUCCACCAGAUGUCACUCAGUUAACCCCACCAUCCCAUGAUUUAAAUAGGGCUCCUCGUGUACCAGUUCAAGCACUGCCCAUGGUUGUUCCACCUCAGGAGCCUGACAAACCGCCCGCCAACGUUGCCACUACUCUUCCCAUCAGGAAUAAAGCUGCUUCUAAACAAAAGUCCAGCAGCCAUUUGCCAGCAAACAGCCAGGAUGUACAGGGUUACAUCACCAAUCAGUCUCCAGAGAGCAUUGUAGAAGAGGCUCAGGGAAAGUUAACAGAACUGGAACAGAGGAUAAAAGAAGCCAUAGAAAAGAAUGCACAGCUGCAGUCCUUGGAACUGGCUCAUGCUGACCAACUUACCAAGGAGAAGAUUGAGGAGCUGAACAAAACAAGGGAGGAACAAAUUCAGAAGAAACAAAAGAUUUUGGAGGAACUACAGAAAGUAGAACGAGAGUUACAACUGAAAACUCAGCAGCAGCUAAAAAAGCAGUAUCUAGAGGUUAAAGCUCAAAGAAUUCAGCUUCAGCAGCAACAGCAGUCUUGCCAGCAUCUGGGACUACUGACUCCUGUUGGGGUUGGAGAACAGCUUUCCGAGGGAGACUAUGCACGGUUACAGCAAGUGGAUCCUGUUUUGCUUAAAGAUGAACCCCAGCAGACUGCUGCUCAGAUGGGUUUUGCACCAAUCCAGCCUCUGGCCAUGCCUCAAGCUUUGCCUCUGGCGGCAGGUCCCUUGCCUCCAGGGUCCAUCGCAAAUCUUACAGAACUGCAAGGAGUGAUAGUUGGACAGCCAGUACUGGGCCAAGCACAGUUGGCAGGGCUGGGGCAAGGAAUUCUGACAGAAACACAACAAGGGUUAAUGGUAGCCAGCCCUGCUCAGACCCUCAAUGACACGCUGGAUGACAUCAUGGCAGCAGUCAGUGGAAGAGCGUCUGCAAUGUCAAACACUCCUACCCACAGUAUUGCUGCUUCCAUUUCCCAACCUCAGACUCCAACUCCAAGUCCUAUCAUCUCUCCUUCAGCCAUGCUUCCUAUCUAUCCUGCCAUUGAUAUUGAUGCACAGACUGAGAGUAAUCAUGACACAGCUCUAACGCUUGCCUGUGCUGGUGGUCAUGAGGAACUGGUACAAACACUGCUAGAGAGAGGAGCUAGUAUUGAGCACCGAGACAAGAAAGGUUUUACUCCACUUAUCUUGGCUGCUACAGCUGGUCAUGUUGGUGUCGUAGAAAUACUGUUAGACAAUGGUGCAGACAUUGAAGCCCAGUCAGAAAGAACCAAGGACACACCUUUAUCUUUGGCUUGCUCUGGGGGAAGGCAGGAGGUGGUGGAGCUGUUGUUAGCUCGAGGGGCAAAUAAAGAGCACAGGAAUGUUUCUGAUUACACACCUCUAAGCCUGGCUGCCUCUGGUGGCUAUGUGAAUAUUAUCAAAAUACUACUAAACGCUGGAGCUGAGAUUAAUUCCAGAACUGGUAGCAAAUUGGGCAUUUCUCCUCUGAUGUUAGCAGCUAUGAAUGGGCACACAGCUGCUGUUAAGCUCCUGUUAGACAUGGGCUCUGACAUAAAUGCUCAAAUAGAAACCAAUCGGAACACUGCCCUUACCUUAGCCUGCUUCCAAGGAAGAACUGAAGUGGUUAGUCUUCUACUUGAUAGAAAAGCAAAUGUAGAGCACAGAGCUAAGACUGGCCUCACACCACUGAUGGAAGCUGCCUCUGGUGGGUAUGCUGAGGUGGGCCGAGUUCUUUUGGAUAAAGGUGCUGAUGUUAAUGCUCCCCCAGUGCCAUCUUCGAGAGAUACAGCUUUAACCAUAGCAGCAGAUAAAGGGCACUAUAAGUUCUGUGAGCUUCUCAUUGGCAGAGGAGCUCACAUUGAUGUACGUAACAAGAAGGGGAACACUCCAUUGUGGCUCGCAGCCAAUGGUGGGCACCUCGAUGUGGUUCAGUUGCUGGUACAAGCGGGUGCAGAUGUGGAUGCAGCAGAUAACCGCAAGAUAACUCCGCUUAUGGCAGCUUUUAGAAAGGGUCAUGUGAAGGUGGUGCGCUACUUAGUCAAAGAAGUCAAUCAGUUUCCAUCAGAUUCUGAAUGUAUGAGAUACAUAGCAACCAUCACUGAUAAGGAGAUGCUGAAGAAGUGUCAUCUUUGUAUGGAAUCAAUAGUACAAGCCAAAGAUAGACAGGCUGCUGAAGCAAACAAAAAUGCCAGCAUUUUAUUAGAAGAGUUAGACUUGGAAAAGUUAAGGGAAGAAAGCAGGAGACUAGCUUUGGCUGCCAAAAGAGAAAAGAGAAAGGAGAAGAGAAGAAAGAAAAAGGAAGAACAAAGAAGAAAACUAGAAGAAAUUGAAGCCAAAAAUAAAGAGAACUUUGAACUCCAAGCUGCUCAAGAAAAAGAAAAGCAUAAAGUUGAAGACGAGCCUGAAGUUUUGACAGAGCCUCCAAGUGCCACAACCACUACUACCAUAGGUAUAUCUGCAACCUGGACAACUUUGGCAGGUUCCCAUGGUAAAAGAAAUAAUACCAUAACUACAACCAGUUCAAAAAGGAAAAACAGGAAAAAUAAAAUUACUCCGGAAAAUGUUCAAAUUAUAUUUGAUGAUCCACUACCAAUCUCAUAUAGUCAGCCAGAGAAAGUGAAUGGAGAGUCCAAGAGCAGCAGUACCAGUGAGAGUGGGGAUAGUGAUAACAUGAGGAUUUCCAGCUGCAGUGAUGAAAGUAGUAACAGCAACAGCAGCCGAAAGAGUGACAAUCAUUCACCUGCUGUGGUCAGUACCUCUGUGACGAGCAAGAAGCAGCCAUCUGUUCUGGUUACAUUUCCAAAGGAGGAGAGAAAAUCUGUUUCUGGCAAGACUUCAACAAAACUGUCAGAAACUGUCAGUGAAGUGACCAGUAAUUCUCUGUCCACUUGCACAAAGUCUGGUCCAUCUCCCCUUUCCUCUCCCAAUGGGAAGUUAACAGUAGCAAGUCCUAAGCGUGGUCAAAAGAGGGAAGAAGGAUGGAAGGAAGUUGUAAGAAGGUCAAAGAAAGUAUCUGUUCCAUCAACUGUGAUAUCCAGAGUGAUUGGAAGAGGAGGCUGUAAUAUUAAUGCUAUUCGGGAGUUCACUGGUGCACACAUAGAUAUUGAUAAACAAAAAGACAAGACGGGAGACCGGAUAAUAACCAUAAGGGGUGGCACUGAAUCAACAAGACAAGCAACUCAGUUGAUCAAUGCUUUGAUUAAGGAUCCAGACAAAGAAAUUGACGAACUUAUUCCAAAGAAUCGUUUGAAAAGUUCUUCAGCAAAUUCCAAAAUAGGGUCAUCAGCACCUGCCACCACUGCUGCUAACAGUUCCUUAAUGGGAAUUAAAAUGACGACUGUAGCUCUGUCAUCAACAUCUCAAACUGCCACAGCACUCACUGUGCCUGCAAUUUCUUCUGCAUCUACUCACAAAACCAUUAAGAACCCAGUGAAUAAUGUAAGGCCUGGUUUUCCAGUUUCUCUUCCAUUAGCAUAUCCUCCUCCACAGUUUGCACAUGCUUUGCUUGCUGCUCAGACUUUCCAGCAGAUUCGUCCACCAAGGUUGCCCAUGACCCACUUUGGAGGUACUUUUCCACCAGCUCAAUCCACUUGGGGUCCUUUUCCUGUCAGGCCUUUGAGCCCUGCCAGAGCUACUAACUCACCUAAGCCUCACAUGGUGCCUCGCCAUAGCAAUCAGAAUAGCAGUGGUUCUCAGGUGAAUUCAGCAGGUUCUUUAACUUCAAGUCCAACUACUACAGCCAGUUCAUCAGCUUCAACGGUGCCUGGUACAUCUACAAAUGGCAGCCCUAGUUCACCUUCUGUCAGAAGGCAGCUAUUUGUCACAGUUGUGAAGACGUCCAAUGCCACCACCACCACAGUCACAACCACGGCGAGCAACAAUAGCACUGCGCCCACAAAUGCCACGUACCCUAUGCCUACUGCCAAAGAACACUACCCAGGAUCAUCCCCAUCUUCCCCUUCACCGCCUGCCCAGCCAGGAGGGGUUUCUAGAAACAGCCCUUUGGAUUGUGGAACAGUAUCUCCAAGUAAAGGGGCAUCUUCCUCUGAACAGGAAGCAAGUAGUCCACCAGUAGUAGAAACAGCAAACAGCAGACCUCCAAACAGCAGCAGUUCUUCUGGGAGUUCAUCAGUUCAUUCUACUCAGCCACAGCCUCCAGGACCUGUUUCUCAGGAGCCAAGACCAUCUCUGCAGCAGUCUCAGGUUCCUCCCCCGGAAGUUAGAAUGACUGUUCCUCCUUUGGCAACAAGUUCUGCUCCAGUGGUGGUGCCUUCUACUGCCCCAGUGACUUACCCUAUGCCUCAGACACAAAUGGGAUGCUCACAGCCUGCUCCUAAAAUGGAAACCCCUGCUCUUAGACCAUCCUCUCAUGGCACAACUGCCUCUCACAAGAGUCCGGCUCCAGUGCAAAAUUCAUCUGUUGCAGUCCUCAGUGUCAAUCACAUUAAAAGACCUCACAGUGUUCCCUCUUCUGUCCAGCUACCUUCAACCUUAAGUACACAAAGUGCUUGUCAAAAUUCAGUACAUCCAGCAAAUAAGCCUAUUGCUCCCAAUUUCAGCACCCCCUUACCAUUUGGGCCCUUUAGCACAUUGUUUGAAAACAGCCCUACUUCUGCUCAUGCCUUCUGGGGAGGAUCUGUUGUUUCAUCUCAGUCAACACCAGAAUCUAUGCUAUCAGGAAAAUCCUCCUAUUUGCCAAAUUCAGAUCCUUUACAUCAGUCUGAGACUUCCAAAGCUCCAGGUUUUAGACCACCAUUACAGAGACCCACUCCAAGUCCCUCAGGUAUUGUCAACAUGGACUCGCCAUAUGGUUCUGUAACACCUUCUUCUACACAUUUGGGAAACUUUGCCUCAAAUCUUUCAGGAGGUCAAAUGUAUGGACCUGGGGCACCCCUUGGAGGAGCACCCACAGCUGCUAACUUUAACAGACAGCAUUUUUCCCCACUUAGUUUGUUGACUCCAUGUUCAUCAGCAUCAAAUGAUUCUCCCACACAGUCAGUAUCCUCAGGAGUUCGUGCACCUUCUCCGACCCCAUCAUCAGUACCUUUAGGGUCAGAAAAGCCCAGCAACAUCUCUCAGGACAGGAAAGUUCCAGUCCCUAUUGGGACUGAACGUUCUGCACGUAUCAGGCAAACUGGAACUUCAGCUCCAUCUGUUAUUGGAAGUAACUUGUCCACAUCAGUAGGGCAUAGUGGCAUCUGGUCCUUUGAAGGGAUUGGUGGCAAUCAAGACAAAGUAGAUUGGUGUAACCCUGGGAUGGGAAAUCCUAUGAUUCAUAGGCCAAUGUCUGAUCCAGGAGUGUUUUCACAGCAUCAAGCAAUGGAGCGAGAGAGUACAGGAAUUGUAACUCCUUCUGGUACAUUCCAUCAGCAUGUUCCUGCAGGAUACAUGGACUUCCCUAAAGUUGGGGGUAUGCCUUUUUCUGUGUAUGGGAAUGCAAUGAUUCCUCCAGUAGCACCUAUUCCUGAUGGUGCCGGAGGACCCAUAUUUAAUGGCCCUCAUGCUGCGGACCCCUCUUGGAACUCCCUGAUAAAGAUGGUUUCAAGCUCCACAGAAAAUAAUGGCCCUCAAACGGUGUGGACUGGACCUUGGGCACCUCACAUGAACAGUGUGCAUAUGAACCAGCUUGGCUGAUGAGGAGCAUCUUGUUAGCCUGCAGAUUCCUUUUCAUUCAGAGGAAAUCACAAGUGGCCGGAAAAAAAAUUUAUGCUCCCAAAUCAUUCUACUGAUGUGCUUGACUGAAGUGUGUAGGCUUUUUGCAGAAGAACUUACUAACUGACCUAUUUUCUGUGAACAUUUGUGACUGCCCAUCCCCCAUCAUCAUCUGUUUUACCUUAGUUAGCAUUUUUCUUAUCAUUUUUCUUUUUUUUUUCUUUUCCUCUUCCCCUUUGGACAUAACUUUCUGUUGAAGCUGUUCUUUGGCUGGUUGGUUUUAGUACUGUAAACUGCUUCUGAGCAAACACGGAAAUUUAGCAAAAUUAUGUAAACUUGAUCCUGAAGUUAUAGAAUGGCAAAUAAAUGUACAAUUGUUUACAUAACAGAAAAGGCUAAGCAGAAAGUAAAUUCAAUAUGUCAGUAUAGAGGCUCUACUUUACGUAGACUUAAAUUAAUGUGAGAUAUGUACGUUCAUAUUCAGAAAUCUGGAUGUUUUCCUUCAUACAUUAAACUAUUAAUAAGCAUAAUAACUUUUCUGCUUGUGUAAUUUAAGUAUAACGUAAAAGAAUGGGCAUUAUCAGUGGGUGUUUCCCAGCGUUGGCUUUUAAAAUACCCAUCCGGCUCUCUUUUGAGUUUGUUUGCAGCAAGGCACAUAUAGAAGGAGAAAUUUAUCACUUUUCCAUGUCUUUUUAUUACCUUCUCACACUUCUAAAACUAAUACACUCUUCUGUCUUCACCCUUUCUUCUCUCCUCACCUUUACCACUAAUACCAGUAAAAUUCUCUUGCUGAUCGUGAAAUAAUUUUGUAAAGAUUUUUACUGUAAUGGUUGCUACAGAGUUAGAGCACAUUCAUGAUCACCUGUGGUUUCUUGUAACCAUAAAAUGUUUAGUCUUUCUGAAAAUUUAAAAAGCCACCACUGGCUCCCAGUCACCAUAUACAAGCUCUUAUUACACUGUUUAUCAUUAAACAAUUCAGUGUACUAUUUUAUAUUGGAUAAUAUUGAUUCUUAACAUUGGCUUUCCAGUCUUCAAGAGUCAACAUAAAAAUUCCAAUUUUCAGUAAUUUAGUGGAAAGUAUCUUUUUUCUUUUUUUCCCCCCAAUUUUAAAGACUUCUUGUUCUCUAUAUUUGCAUAUUAUCAGUGAAAGGGAUCAACAGCUAACUUGGGGCAGUAAUAAAAUUUUGCAUUUGUCAUUAAGACAAUUUAUGGUGGACAUGAACUUAGAUUACAGAAUGAAGUCUCCAUUUAACCUGUUUGUAAGAUACAGGGCCACACUAACUACUCAGUGGGACUUAUCUAUUCUAUUCACUUUAAAUAAUAAACAGAAACAUAUCCAAGAAGAAUAUGUGUCCUACCCUGUCUCAUAUGGAAAAAAUUAAUUAUAUGGUUGAAAUAUAAAAGGAAGUAAGCAUAUAGUGAAGUAAUGUAUCAACCUUUUUUUAUUAGAAAUUCCACAAUAGUGAAACAUAAACAUCAACUAAAAUUUAGAUAAACCCAGAGUUGACAAUAUUAAUAUGGUUCCUUGGCUGUUCAAGUAAAUGAAAUGAUUUCUUUACUCUCAUAGCCUGAGUAAAGAAUAAGUUUAUCAAACAUUUCCAGAUGUUUGUAAGUAACACACUUACAUCUUUUAAUUUAGGAAGUGGUCUUAAAUAUAAAUUUGGUUUUCUACCUGUUUAUGAAAUAAAACUGUAGCACUUUAUUAAGAAA